AGAGUUCAGACAUAAACCUCUUCUCCAAUUUGCCGCUGCUAACUCUUAAAACCCUAAAAAAAAAACUUUACACUGUAACUGAUUUUAUAAUUUGAAAUUAGUUCCAUGGCAGAAAAAGUAGAGGAGAAGCAGCCGCACAGUUCACCAACAGAUGGAGAUGAAGAGAAGAAGAGGAAGAGGAAGCGGAAUCGAAACCGGGCAAAGAAAGACAAAGAAGAAGAAGAAUCAGAGCAGCCUAAUGUUGAUGAUGAAAUCAGGGAUGUAAAUGACAAUAAAAAGAAGAGCAAGAAAAAGAAUAAGAAAAUUAAAAAUGAGGAAGUGAAGGAGGAAAUCGAAGCGAAUAACGAAGAGGAAGAGGAAGAAGAUAAUGAAUUAGAGAGUCAUGAGGAAGAAAAAGUGGAGAAGAAGGUGAAGAAAGGGAGUGGGAUUAUGAGUAGCGAGUCAUUUGAAUCGUUAGGGUUAUCUGAACCUACUCUUAAAGCUGUUCAGGAGAUGGGGUUUCAGUAUUUGACUCAGAUUCAAGCCAGGGCUAUUCCGCCUCUUUUAAUUGGCAAAGAUGUUCUUGGUGCUGCGAGGACGGGUUCUGGGAAAACUCUUGCUUUCUUGAUACCAGCUAUUGAGUUGCUGUAUAAUAUUCGUUUUGCUCCUCGAAAUGGCACUGGCGUUAUUGUCAUUUGCCCAACACGGGAGCUUGCCAUUCAGUCUCAUGCUGUGGCGAAGGAUCUUCUCAAACAUCAUUCGCAAACACUUGGUUUGGUCAUUGGGGGUUCUGCUAGAAAAGGAGAAGCAGAGCGUAUUGUUAAAGGAGUAAAUUUAUUGGUUGCAACGCCUGGUCGACUUCUUGAUCAUUUGCAAAACACAAAGGGUUUUAUUUAUAAAAACUUGAAGUGCCUUGUAAUUGAUGAAGCGGAUAGGAUACUGGAGGCAAACUUUGAAGAAGAAAUGCAACAAAUAAUCAAGCUUUUGCCAAAGAGUAGGCAAACUGCUUUAUUUUCAGCAACUCAAACCAAGAAGGUGGAGGAUCUGGCUCGUCUGUCAUUUCAAACAACUCCUAUCUAUAUCGAUGUGGAUGACGGAAGAACUAAGGUCACGAAUGAAGGUCUGCAGCAAGGAUAUUGUGUAGUGAAUAGUGCCAAAAGAUUUAUACUUCUCUACUCCUUUUUGAAGAGAAACUUGUCAAAGAAAGUUAUGGUUUUUUUCUCUUCAUGUAACUCUGUCAAGUUCCAUUCAGAACUUCUUAGAUACAUUCAAAUAGAAUGCUUUGAUAUACAUGGAAAACAAAAGCAGCAGAAACGAACCACUACCUUUUUUGAUUUCUGCAAAGUAGACAAGGGAAUAUUGCUAUGCACUGAUGUUGCUGCUCGUGGACUUGAUAUUCCUGCCGUGGACUGGAUAGUGCAAUACGAUCCUCCUGAUGAACCAAAGGAGUAUAUUCACAGGGUUGGUCGUACAGCCCGUGGAGAAGGUGGAAAAGGAAAUGCCCUGCUCUUUCUUAUUCCAGAAGAACUUCAAUUUUUGCGCUAUCUGAAGGCUGCAAAAGUCCCAGUCAAAGAGUACGAAUUUGAUGAGAAGAAGUUGGCAAAUGCUCAGUCUCAUCUGGAGAAGUUAGUUGCCAACAACUAUUAUCUGAACAAGUCUGCUAAAGAAGCAUAUCGAUCUUAUAUAUUGGCCUAUAAUUCGCACUCAAUGAAAGAUAUAUUUAAUGUCCAUCGCCUUGAUCUACAGGCGGUUGCUGCUUCAUUCUGCUUUUCUUGUCCGCCAAAGGUGAAUCUGAAUAUAGACAGCAAUGCUUCCAAAUUUAGAAACAAGGGCCAGAAAGGAAGCCGCAAUGGUUUCAGCGAGAGCAGCCCUUACGGACGGCACAGCAAUGGCGAUGAUAAACGUCAAUUCAUUAGGCAUUAGCUGGAUUGGUGUUUGCAAGUAAACACAUGAGUCCAACACUAAACUUAUCAAUGUUGUAAUUUUAGUGGUAGUAGUGUUUACUUGUGAUUUGUGGUUCUCCACAUGAAAUUUUGUUUAUUUGUUUAGGAACUGCUUGAUCGACUCCAAGGCUUAAUGUUGAAUAUACAUCAUUUGUUCAAUUGAAACUAUAAUCUUUAUUAUUA